GUUCCCGCAGAGAGGCGAGAAGAUGGCGGCCGUGUCAAGCGGAGGUGCUGCUGGGUCCGCUGCGGCCGGGAUUACGCACUCUGCCCGACCGACCCACGCAGGCAUGGGCUCCCAGAACCGAGCCCAGCCGUCCUCCGGGAUCAGCCACACCGGCCGUACAGGCACGGCCCCCGGGUGCAUCACCAAUCCUGGCCACACUUCGGCCACCAGGCCCCCCCCAGCCCGAGUGGGCCACUACGAAAUCGAGCGGACCAUCGGCAAGGGAAAUUUCGCGGUUGUUAAACUAGCCACACACAUCAUUACUAAAGCGAAGGUGGCCAUCAAAAUAGUGGAUAAGACCCAACUGGAUGAUGAGAACCUGAAGAAGAUCUUCAGAGAGGUGCAAAUCAUGAAGCUUCUCAAGCACCCCCACAUCAUCCGCCUUUAUCAGGUGAUGGAGACGGAGAGGAUGAUCUAUCUGGUAACAGAGUAUGCUAGUGGUGGAGAGAUAUUCGACCAUCUGGUGGCACACGGCCGUAUGGCGGAAAAAGACGCCAGGAAGAAGUUCAAGCAGAUUGUGGCGGCGGUGCAUUUCUGUCACUGCCGCAACAUCGUCCACAGAGACCUGAAGGCCGAGAACCUGCUGCUGGACCACAACCUCAACAUCAAAAUUGCAGAUUUUGGCUUCAGCAACCUGUUUUCCCGAGGCCAGCUGUUGAAAACGUGGUGUGGCAGCCCUCCUUAUGCAGCGCCGGAGCUUUUUGAGGGAAAGGAGUAUGACGGACCUAAAGUAGAUAUAUGGAGCUUAGGUGUGGUGUUAUAUGUGCUCGUAUGCGGCGCCCUGCCCUUUGACGGCAGCACUCUCCAAAAUCUGCGGGCGCGUGUCCUCAGUGGAAAGUUCCGCAUCCCUUUCUUCAUGUCCACAGACUGUGAGUACCUGAUCAGACACAUGUUAGUGCUGGAGCCCAGCAGGCGGCUGACCAUGGAGCAGAUCUGUAAGAACAAGUGGAUGAGGCAAGGAGACCCAGACCCAGAGUUUGACAGGUUGAUAGCUGAGUGCGAACAGGUGAAAACGGAGAGAGAAAUCGAGCUCAUCAACGAGCAGGUGCUGAUAGCGAUGUCUGAGAUGGGUUUGGACCGAGAGCGCACCCUUCAGUCGCUACAAACCGACGCGUAUGAUCACUACAGUGCCAUCUACAGUCUGCUGGCCGACCGCCUCAAGAAACACAAGACCCUGCGGGUUGCUCCACCGACGCCGCGCCCCAUUCCCUAUCCUCUAAAUGCUGUACAGACGGACCCACAGGGUAAUCCCGUUAGCAUGACCGUUCCCCACGUCCAGCUCAUCAACCCGGAGAACCAGAUUGUUGAGCCGGAUGGCAGCAUGGCCCUGGACAGUGACGAAGGAGAGGAGCCUUCGCCCGAGGCCAUGGCUCGCUACCUGUCGAUGAGGCGGCACACAGUGGGGGUACCAGACCAAAGGACGGAGAUGCAGGAGGACCUCCAGAAACUUCCACCGGGUUUCCCCCGUGGCGCACUACCCCAGCCCCCUUUCCCCACGCUCGCUCCGACCAUGGGCCAAAUGCACACUCUCAUGCCCACGCAGAGCCUGCAGCCCACGCAGCAGCUGGAAUACAAGGAGCAAUCCCUGCUGCAGCCUCCGACCCUGCAGCUGCUCAACGGCAUGGGGCCUCUGGGCCGGCGAGCCUCCGACGGCGGCGCCAACAUCCAGCUACACGCUCAGCUUCUGAAGAGGCCCCGAGGGCCCUCGCCGCUCGUCGCCAGCCCGCAUCCCAUCCCUGCAGUCGCUCCGGUGGAUGAGGAAGGUUCAGACGGCGAGCCGGACCAAGAAGCAGUACAGAGGUACCUGGCGAACCGCUCCAAGCGGCACACGACGCACGCGCUAACGAGCACAUCGCAUGGCGAGCCCUCGGCAGAGUCACAGCGGCCCCAGGGCCCCCGCCAGAGGGGGGGCUGGGCCCUCGACAUACACACCCGAUCCAGCUACAAGGACUGUAACACCCUCCAUCUCCCCAUGGAGCGCUUCUCCCCCGUUCGACGGUUCUCCGACGGUGCCGCCACCAUCCAGGCCUUCAAGGCUCAACUCGAGCAAAGCAGCCUCAUUAAGCAGCUCAAGCAGGAGUGCGAGCAGCUUCAGAAAAUGUAUGCUGCCCAGCAGGACGAGCGCCUCCUGGAGCACACCCAGCAGCAGCAUAUCCUGUACCAGCAAGAGCAACAAAUCCUCCACCAGCAAAUCCAGGGUCUGUCUCUAGGCCAUGGAGAGAGCCAGCCCAGUCACCUAACCCACCAGCUCCAGAGGUUGCGUAUCCAGCCCUCCAGCCCUCCGCCAACACAUCCCAGCAACCACCUCUUCAGACAGCCCAAUCAGAGUCCUCCGCCUGGCGCUGCGGGCAUCAUGCAAGGGCACGGAGGUCAGUCGACGGUGCAGUACCAGCACGGCGCUCCGGCGAUGUACCAGGGCCAGAGCGGAAGCCCGCCUCCCACAGGACUGCCCAGAGUUACUCUGCCAACCAAUCCGCAAGCAGCAUCUGCCCGUCCUGCUGUCCCUCUGGCACAGGGUGUCCCCCAACAGCAGCAGGUCACUAUUCAGGUGCAGGAAAUAGAGCUGGGAGGCGGCGCGCAGAGACCAGGCGGCUUUUUGGCCACGCCAGGAGGACACAGAGUCCUUGGGAAGCAGCUCAGCGCGGACAACGCUGAGACGCACAGUCGCAGCCUGGGCCGCUUCACGUCGGCCUACGACCAGGCCCAGUUCAACCCCCACCUCUUCUCCGGGGACGCCGCCUCCCGCGGCGCCUCCGGAGUGGUGGGCUCCUACAGCCCGUACCUGCAGGGGGCGUCGCUGAAGGUCCCCGGCCUGGAGGGCUACCAGAGCGGCGCGGUGGGGACGAGCGGCUACGGCACCCCCUCUACACUACAGCAGGCGCUGCUCUCCCCGACUCCGCUGGACUAUCGCCCCCCACAGCAGCACGUCACCCCCACCCUGCAGGGCCUCCUGUCCCCCCGCCACUCUCUAACGGGCCACGCCGACCCCAGGCUGCCCCCCCAAGACUUAGCCGCCCUGCUGAAGAGGCAGAGUCCCCGGCCGUGCUCGGCGACCCCGACGCCGCCCAGCAACGCGCCACAGGAGUACAACGACAUGCUGCUUCUCCGCCAGCUGAGCCAAGGGGAGAGCUUAGAGCCGCCGGCGCCGCAGGGGGCGUCCGGGGGGCAACACUACCACCACCUUCUGCAGAUCAGACCUCCGGAGGUCCAGCCCCAGCAGCACCCGGCGCAGGCGCCCUGCCCCGCCUUACCGCACUCGGAGAGCAUGGAGGAGGACGAGGCCCCGGCGGGCUACCACCACCCGCACGAGGGCCUGCUGGCGAAGGCAGGAGAGGGACACGAGCUCCUGGGGCCUCCCCGAGGAGGAACGCCACCCUACAACUCGCCCACGCACAGACACGCUGGCUACAUCAGGAACGCUCCAGCAGCUAGAGAAUCUGAGCACGUGGAGUGCAGGCCCCAAGGGCAGGCCAUGGAGGUGCCUGACCAUAACGGCGUAGGGUAUGCACGAGGACCCCAGUCUGAGGCCUACAGGUCCAGAGGACAGCUACAGCGCCACCACACCAUCCAGACCUGCGACGAUGCCUACGAUCAGGCAGAGCCCAUGUCCGGGAUGAGUCUGUUGGCCGGGAAGGCGCUCAGCUCCGCUCGCAUGUCAGACAUUCUCAGCCAGACGUCGCUGACAGGAAGCCAGCAGCUGAGCCAGCGGGAGGAGUCGGCGUGUGACGUGGAAGGGGAGCUCCACGCGGCGGCCGCCUGCUACCCGUCGUCGUGCACCAGUGACAUGCUCCUCAGCUACAAACCUCCUGACCUGCAGUACAGCAUGGAGCAGGCCGGGGUUUAGCACAGGGCGGCGUGCAUCCUGUGUACAUCGGUCCAUAUCAGCCAUCCUGAGUUGUGUUGACUUGAGUUGAGCAGCAUCACGCCAAACCACCGUCUGCCCAAGCGGGGGCGCUCUCUGUCCCAUCUGUCUGUCUCCAUCUGUCCCCAGGAGGGCAGUCUUCAUGGGAGAGAGAAGGGGUGAGGGAGGGGUGGGGAAGGGUGGAGUUGGUGGGGGUGGGGGUGGGGGGCUCGGAGGCCAACGUGCCAGCAUUUCCCGCACAGACACGCGCAGUAUCUAUCGUCAUCUUUGGGGUCCCGUCUCCUUCCACUGUCGACAGCACCCACCUCCUCACCUCCCCCCUCCCGUUCUAUAAACCUGGGCCAGACCCCCCCCUCCCACCUAGACCUCCCACCCCGACACGCCCACCUCCCCCUCUUCCCCCUGCAUCACUUCAUGACGUGCCUCACAGGGUAUAAUACAUGCAUACAUUAUGGACUGAAAAGAACACAGAGUCCAGUAACACACACACACACACACACACACACACACACACACACACACACACACACACACACACACGCUGCCACAAACCCAAAGUAUUCACAUGACAUGUGAGCGUCUCUGCGUGCAUGACUGAAAAGACAAGCUGGGGGGGGAGUUUGAUCUGCUCCUGCCUCUCUCUUUCUCUCUCUCUCUCUCUCUCUCUCUCUCUCUCUCUCUCUCUCUCUCUCUCUCUCUCUCUCUCUCUCUCCUCUCUCUCUCUCUCCCCCUCUCUCUCUCUCGCUCCCCCCCCCCCAGCUUCACGGCAGCAGGUCAUUCCAGGUUGAAAGUCAUGGCAGCGGCGGCAGUGCCCCCCUUUGUCCCCGGGUGGUGGGGGGGUGGGGGGGGGGUUUGGUCGGACAACAAAAAGCGCUCUAUCCAAAGAUGGAGCUCAGUGACAUCGCACAGGACAAACCAGCUCUUUUUUGUUUUGUUUUGGCAUUCAUUUCCUUUUUUUUUUUUUUUUUUUAUUCCAACUUCAUUUCUUCAGCUAAUGUCCUCGUAGGCAUUACGGUCAAUAUUGUUAGAUUUAUUGUUAUUACUGUUUUCUGUAAAGGAAGUUUUCUGAUUAUGAUUAUUAUUGUUAUUAUUAUUAUUAUUAUGAAAUGAAAACAGCUCUGUGUUGCAAAGGAAGACGACAUCGUCCUUUGGUGACUUAAGUAAAUUCUGCACUUUGGGUUCAAGCUAUCCUCCGUCUCGCACUCUCCUUCACGCCAUCCCCUCCUCUUCUCCCCUCCAGCCCCUCUGAACCCACAUCCUCCACGUCCUCCAUCCUCCUUUCCCCACGUCAGUGACCAUGUGUUGCAUUGUGGGUAGUUUUACCAGACGUUUGCUCCUUUCCUUGUACAGUGAUGCCAUGUAUAGAACGCUAUUGCAAUUUUCUGUAUGAAAUGUUUUUAUUUUUUGUUUUAUUUACUUUUGUUUUUGGAUUCUUUUGUUUUCAGAUCGUGUCGGGAGGCUUUUUUUUUAUAUUGCUAUUGUUUAUCAUUUGUAUUUUUGGAUGUCUUCAGGAAUGUUUUCUUUUUUUUUUUUUUUUGUUGUUGUUGUUUUAUGAACCUUGAGAUUUCUAGCCAAAAGAGGACAGAGAAGACAGUGCUCUUUCUGUGUCGUGAAAAGCGAUUGUUCUUAUUUGUUUUAAGAUUAUUCUAUCGAUACACUUGAAUAAGAGGAGAGUAAUUAUUUUGUGUUGCUUUUUAAAGUAUCAUUUCAAUCGAUGUUGUCGUGACUGUCUGACUUCUCGUCGAUGUUGGGCCUGUUUUCUGUUAACGGGGUAGUUGUGGCAGGCUAUACAGGGUCGGGGGAGGGGGAGGUGCUCUCGGGGGGCGGGGGGGCUGGGGGGAUUGUCUGGGAUGGAUCGGGUGCUACAGAGACUUGACGCUCCUCGGAGAAGGAAAAAAAAAACUCACAGGACAUUUAAAAAAAAAACAAACAAACAAGGGAUUAACUUGUAUAAUAGCUGACAUAUCAUCAUGAACAUCACGAGUGUGGAGA